AUGAGUAUAGCUGCAUAUGCGUAUGAAGCUGACAGAGCUAAACGUUUAUAUUUUGGUCAAUACUCUCUCACACUUACUGACAAAUAUAUUGUUAUCAGUGAUGGAAAUACCGAGAAAUACAUAACAUGGAAGGACUAUGAAAAGUUUGACCCUAUUUUAACUCCAUGUACUAUGCCGUUUAUAAAGGACGGUGAAAUUAUUGAAAAAGAUAAUACAACAGUAUAUAAGUCUGUAUAUGAAGCGUUAGAAUAUAUGUUGAAUUAUAAUCCCGAAAGAUUUGACCCAAGCACUACACCAUGUGCAAUGCCUUUUAUUAAGGACGGUGAAAUCGUAAGAGUUCCGGAUUCAACGGUUUACACAGCUGUUCAAAACAGUUUACAAAACAUUUUAGCGAAUAUCUUUAAUUCAGAAACUACAGAAAUAAAAUUACCAUAUAUAACAGAUGCUAAAGAAAUUAAAUCAAAAACGACAACAUUAUUUACGUCACUUAAUGAUUUAAUGACUUAUAUCAUUAAUAUUCCUGCACCAACUACAGCAUUUGAUCCAAACUCGACGGUUUGCAGUGUACCUUUCAUAAAUGACA